AUGCACAGAACAUAUUCCUUGAGAAGCUCUAGAGCUCCAACUGCCUCUCAAUUGGCUUCACCACCUCCACCACCAUCGACUACGAAGUCGAAGUUUUUCGGUAAGGCUUCAAUUGCUACUUCGUUCAGAAAGAAUGCUGCUGGUAACUUUGGUCCGGAAUUGGCCAGGAAAUUGUCUCAAUUGGUUACUACUGAGAAGGGAGUGUUGAGAUCGAUGGAAGUAGUGGCCAACGAGCGUCGUGCAGCCGCCAGACAGUUGUCCUUGUGGGGAGCUGACAACGAUGACGACGUAUCCGAUGUCACCGAUAAACUAGGUGUCUUGAUCUAUGAAUUGGGUGAGCUGCAAGAUCAGUUUAUCGACAAGUACGAUCAGUACCGUGUCACUUUGAAGUCUAUUAGAAACAUCGAGGCUUCCGUGCAGCCUUCCAGAGAUCGUAAGGAGAAGAUCACCGAAGAGAUUGCGCAUUUGAAGUAUAAGGAUCCUCAGUCCACAAAAAUUCCGGUCCUGGAGCAGGAAUUGGUCCGUGCCGAGGCUGAAUCUUUGGUUGCUGAAGCUCAGCUUUCAAACAUCACUAGAGAGAAGAUGAAGGCAGCAUUCAACUAUCAAUUUGAUUCAAUCAGAGAAUUGGCGGAGAAGUUCGCUUUGAUUGCAGGUUAUGGUAAGGCCUUGUUAGAACUGUUGGACGAUUCUCCAGUGACUCCCGGUGAGACAAGACCAGCUUACGAUGGUUACGAUGCUUCCAGGCAGAUUAUCAUGGACGCUGAAGCAGCAUUGGAGUCAUGGACCCUGGAUAUCGCGGCUGUGAAACCAACUCUAUCUUUCCACCAGACUGCUGAAGACGUCUAUGAAGAAGAGGAAGUGGAAGAGGAAGCAGAAGAGCAAGAAGAGAUUGGUGGCGGUGAUCAAUUGGCCAGUGACCACGAAGAUGUUGCUGGACCAGAUGGCGAACACUCAGCGGCUGUUUAA